AUGCAAGGAGGGAUUUAUUGGUUGAAGCAACAUGUGGCCCAUGAAGGAAAGAAUGUGACGAAAUGCAAGGCCGGAACACCGGAGGCUCUAGAGGCUAAAGAGAAGUGCAAGAAAGCACUAAAUGAUGCAAAAAGGAAGAGUGGGGAGAAGACUGUUUGUGAGCUAGAACUUAGAGAGGAAGUGAAUGUUUCUCGGGUUGGAGGUGGAGAGUCAGAGGAAGUCACUUGUAUUGGAAGUUCAGAGCCUCACAAAUUGGAACCCAUUGACAAAUGGGCGCGUGCUAUUGAUCCUAAAGCAACCAAAUCUGAAUCUUUCACUCAACAGAAGCUGAACAAGGAGCUUUGGAAAGAAAGAACACAUGAGGUGCAUAAAUAUAUUGCAAGAUGGGUCUAUACACAUGCAAUACCAUUCAAUGCAUGUGACAAUGAUGAGUUCAAGCAAAUGGUUGAAGCAAUUGGACAAUUUGGGGCUGGACUUAAACCUCCAACUCAGUAUGAUCUGCGAGAGAGAUUGCUGGAAGAAGAAUAUGCAAGAACCAAGAGUUUGCUGCAAGAACGUGAAGCCGAGAAGCUAAAGAAUGGGUGUUCUAUUAUGACUGAUGCUUGGUCAGAUAGGAAGAGGAGAAGCAUAAUGAACCUAUGCACUAACUGUGCUGAUGGAACUAGUUUUAUCAGCUCAAAAGAGAUGUUAGAUGUGUCACACACAAAUGAAGUCAUCUUUGAACUAGUGGACAAAGCAAUUGAAGACAUUGGUCCAGAUAAUGUGGUGCAAGUAGUGACAAACAAUGCCUCUAACAACAUGGGAGCAAAGAAGCUAUUGCUUGAGAAGAGACCUCAGAUCUUUUGGACCUCUUGUGCAACUCACACAAUCAACUUAAUGCUCCAAGAAAUUAGCAACAUGGCUCGGUUCAAGAAGGUGAUUGACCAAGCAAAGACAUUCACCAUAUUUGUCUAUGGGCACACUAGAACAUUGGAGUGCUUGAGAUACUUCACAGAGGAAAAAGAGAUAAUAAGGUCAGGAGUGACUAGGUUUGCUUCAACCUUUCUCACUUUGAAUAGCAUACAAGAGAAGAAGGACCAGUUAAGAAAGAUGGUGGUUCAUAUUCUCCAUUUGGUUGAUGGGGAUGUGAAGCCAUCCAUGGGUUUCGUUUAUGGAAAACUACUAAAAGCAAAGAGAGAGAUCAAAGAGGCCUUCGGCAAUAAUGAGUCCUGGUUCAAGGAGCUUAUUAAUAAGAAAGAAAAGAUCAAGUCAAAGAAGAUCAGUGAUGUUCUCUUGUCUAAUGAUACAACUGAAGCUCAAGGUUUUCUGCACGAGAAUGGAGAUGAUUGUGCAUUAGUUGUCUAUAGAGAUGAGGAAGAUGAGAUGGAAGGUACAGGGAUAUCUUGGUCUGUUAUUGGAGGUGCAGUGGGAGUAGAAGAACAACUUGAGCUGUGUAGAAGUGCAAGAGUGAGACAGUUUUAUGAAGGAGAAGAAUUUGACUCCGAAGAAGAACAGUUUGAUGAAGAUAAGGAUGAUUAUGUGAAACCCUAUUGA